AUGUUAUCAUGUGGUAUUGGUCGUGAUCUUGAACCAAAACAAAAACUUCAAGAUCUUGUUAAUAAAUCAUUAUGGCGUAAAUGUUGUUGGUCAGGUGAUGGUGAAUAUAUAUGUGGUGCAUCAUCUCGACAACAUUCAUUAUAUAUUUGGGAAACUGUAUCAGGUAAUUUAGUUAAAAUUUUACAUGGUACAAAAGGUGAAGCAUUAGCUGAUGUAUGUUGGCAUCCAGUACGUCCAAUAAUUGCGAGUAUAUCAAGUGGUGUUGUAUCUAUAUGGUCACAUUCUCAAGUUGAAAAUUGGUCAGCAUUUGCACCAGAUUUUCGUGAACUUGAAGAAAAUGUUGAAUAUCAUGAACGUGAAUCGGAAUUUGAUAUUAAAGAUGAAGAUCGUAGUUUAGAUGGUUUAGAUUAUGCAGGUUCACCAAAUAAACGACAACGUUUAGAUACAAAUGGUAAUAUUAAAAAUAAUGAUGAUGAUCAUAUUGAAAUAGAUGUUGUUACUGAUCAACGUAUUGAAGCAUUAGUAUCAAGUGAUGAUGAUGAUAUUAAUGAUCAACUUAUUUAUUUACCAGUUGCACCUGACAUUGAAGAUCCUGAUAUUGAAUUUCCAACACCUGUAUCUAAUGUACCAAAAACUCGUACAACAAGUCCAUCAUUACAAACACGUGUUUCAGCUGAUGAAACAUAUGAUAUUCAAUUAAAAAUUCCACCUGUUCAUGAUGUACAUCCAUAUUAUGGUGGUACAAAACAACCACGAUCAACAGUAAAUACAUUAAUAAAUACUCAAGAUUCUAUAGGUAAUAAACGUGAAAUGAAAAAUCGUCGUAAAGGACAUCAUCAUCAUCAUCAUCACCAUCAUCAUCAUCAUUAUCAAUAUCAACAACAAAAUUCUCUUGUACAAUCAGAACAAACAAAUCAACAAACUAUUUUAUUACCAAAAUCAAUUGAUGCAGCUGUAGCAACUGUAACAAAUAAUCAAAAACGAUUAUUAGUAACACAAACAUCAGAAAUCAAAGGACAACGAGCACGUUCAGCUCGUCUUGAAGGCAAAAAAGCUGCAGCAACAACACCAGUUGUAGUUAAUACACAAACAUCCGUAUCAAUAACAACGACAACAACAACUGAUGAAAUAAUUAGUACACCACGUACUAAACGUAGUAGUCAUCAUACACAUUCAAUCGAUAAUGAUGUUGACUUUAUACCACAUUAA